AUACGCCUAUGUUAACUAGAUAUGCACAUAAAAUCGCACAAAUCUAAUUACAGUGAGGAGCGCUCAGAGCAGCGUGACUGACAUUAAUAUGUUGCGUCCAAAUUUACUUGGAAUUCAGUUAUAAACGGAUUUUCAACGAUUACAGUCAUACGGUCGCGAGUGUUUCCCCCAUUGCGUAUUGUGUCAUGCAACAACAAAACGUGUCGCUGUGUAAUAAAAGUUUAAUAUUUUCAUAGAUAUUAUAAGUAUAAAAUAGCAAGUAAACAAAAUCAAAGGAAAUGAAAAAAGUGUAGUGAAUAUUUAGUGUAAACAUUUAUGCAUUAGAAAUCGAAAUAAAAGCAAGAACACACGUCAAAAAUCAAGUCACACAAGCUGCGAGCGAGUGGGUGAAAACACGUACGUACAUGUGUAAAAGCAGCAACAAUAACAACGGCAUAAAUUUAUAGGCGAAAAUCAGGUCUUUUACAAGUCCAAGUCACCGCUUUAAUGCUCAAAACCAAGCCACCAAUGUAAACGAUAAAUCGACAAACAGAGAGAAACGAAAUGUAUGAAUGCGCUCACUGCGCCCUGUAAUAUUUAUAAGAAGCGCGAAGAAAGCAAUAAAGUAAACAACAACAACCAAAACAGUGACCGCAAAUGAAACUUGUAAAAGUCUACGCCACACUUCCUUACAUAUAAAAGUCCAUACCAACAAACAUAUUUACAUGUAAAGUGUAUUUUGCUGUUGUUGUGCGCUAAAAAAUUCAGUAUUCAGUAGCUCUAUGUGGUGAUGACACAUGUAGCUACAUAUACAAAAUACAUACAUACACAUGUAUUACAACGCAACACGUUGUCGCUGUUGAUGUUCACUUCAUAUUUACAUAUGUAAAAAAAUAAGAAAAUAUUUGGACUGCAUCAAUGACACGCGCGCAACAGCGAAACUGAUAAAAAAAAAAAAUAUUAAAAAAUAUUUUUUAAUAAAAAAUUGAAGCAAUUGGCAAAAAGAAUUAAUUAAUUGCAUAAUUGUGUGAAAACUGUGCAAAAAAAGAAAAUUAAAUAGAAAAAAAAAAUUUUAACAAGUGAAAAGCUAACACAUUUUAAACGCGGCGCCUUUGUUUUGCUUGCCGAUAACUUGUAUGGAAUUUUUCUGACUGUUGCAUACAGUGGAGUGGCAUUUUUAUAUUUCAACGCAUGUGGACGAAAAUUCCUACGAAUUUGAAUAAAGGAAAGCGAAAAUGCAACAAAAAUAAAAUAUUAUUUCACAUAAUUUGCAGAAAUAUUGACACAUAGAGCAAAUUAGCUAGUAGUAAAAUUGAGCAAGCUUUUAGUAUUACAACACACAUCAACUACGCGCCAUUACUGCUCAUGAAUGAACACAUAGUGCAAGUCAUAUGAGCUGUACUUUAUUAUAUUGAAUCAGAAUUAUACACAUACGCUAGCAAGUAGCUGAAAGCUUGCCUUCUUCCUACAAAACACGUAACUACUAGUCCUCCACUGCCGCACUAUAAGCAAAAGAAAUGGUGCGUUUCGAGCCGUUAGGUCAGAAAAUGUUCACACGACGCAAUUGGUUGCUGCGUUGUAGCAUAUUGAUCAAUAUCUUGGUCAUACUCUACAUAUGCAGUCAUGUUAUGAUUGGCAAUGGCACUGGAUUUAACGGCAGCAACACAUUCUUCAUACAGGAACGUGGUGUGGAACCAGCGAAUAGCGCACAACUGAUAGGUGAUAAAAUACAACCGCCCCCGCCACCGCCGCCCGCAUCCAACGAUUUACCACCAGCGCCAGUGGCGCCCAACGAUACUGGUGGCGCUGAGGCGGCGCCUGUUGCAUCAAAUGACGCUGUUGCCGCGCCCUCACAAAAUCUAGCCGGUAGCGCUGUGGCGGGGAAUAUAGCUGGCGCUGCUAACUUGCCCGAAGCCGUUGUAUACACAAAUGGCACUAGCAACGAUGGUGAUGCAGCUGUCGCAGAAGACAAAGAUCCAGAUGUACGAUUAGAUGCGCUCUUAAAUUGUUACGAUCGCGACUUCCAACCGGACGUGGCGCAACGUGGCGAUUUCUGGGUGCUCACGAAUUACGUGCGCGCCGAUCAUGGUCCGAUCAAGUGCUCCGAAUCGAUCACUUAUACAACGCAUGCGGACUACACAUUUUUAGAUAAUCUCAUACCGCUGCUGGAACGUUGGAAUGCGCCCGUCAGCAUUGCGAUGCAUACACCCGGCACUGACUAUCAACCGACCAUUGACGCCAUUAAGUACCUGCGUGAAUGCCUGCCGGAAAGUCAUUUGGUGCGCACAUUUACCACAUUUCAUCUGUACUUUAGCACGAAACACAUACCCAAAACGGUGGCAAAGUCCUCGGAAGUGUUGAAGACACCCUACAAUUGCACGCUGCCGCCACCCUAUUUCAAUGUCAGUUCCGGCCAUUUGUAUAAGUCACAAAAGAAAUUAUUAUAUCCGGUGAAUGUGGGUCGGAAUAUAGCGCGCGAUGCUGCCUUAACACAUUUCAUAUUAGCCUCAGAUAUUGAAUUGUAUCCAAAUCCAGGUUUGGUGAAGAAAUUCCUCGAGAUGAUUGCGCGCAACGAUGCGUAUCUGCAGCGCAAAGCGCCGAGAGUAUUUCCACUCUCCAUCUUCGAAGUGGAGGCCAAUGCAACCGUGCCGCGCGACAAAUCGGAGUUACAGGAUUAUUUGCGCACUGGCAAGGCGAUACCCUUCCAUAAGCGUGUCUGCGCCAGUUGUCACGGCGUGCCGCAGUCCAAAGAAUGGAUGGCCGCCAAUGAGACCGAUGAGUUGAGUGUUUUCCACAUAGGCAAGCGUACGGGCUACUUCAGACAUUGGGAACCCAUUUACAUUGGCACACAUGCCGAUCCACACUACGACGAACGACUGAGUUGGGAGGGUAAAAGUGAUAAGAUGACACAGGGUUAUGCGCUCUGCGUUUUAGACUACGAAUUCCACAUACUGGACAAUGCCUUCCUCGUGCACAAACCGGGCAUUAAAGUGCUGCAAAAAGAUAAUCGUCGCGCCAUGUUGGCGGGCAAAACGAAUCAACUCAUACGUAAAAUCAUCUAUCCGGAAUUGAAGAUAAUGUAUGGUGUGCGUCAAGGCUGCGUUGUAUAGUAACUAAUAAAUUGGCAAAAAAGUUGAAAAACUUUUUUAAGCUAUCAUAAGCAUGGAAUUAAAAGACUACUACUACAAUUCAAAAUACUACUUUUCUAAGAGACGUAGCGCAAGCUGAACCGUAUGAAACAUUAACGAUAUGCUGUUGCAGCGUAUAUAUAUGUAUGUAAAAUAUAUAUAUUUAACUAUUUGCCAGCGUAUGCAUAGUUACAAUUAUAUUGAGUAAUUACUAACUAAAUAGCGUCGAUUUGCGCCAAAACGCACUGUAAAGUAUAGUAUAUAUUUUAUAGUAGUUUGUUUUUUGUUUUUUAAUUUCGUUUUAUUUCCAAUUGAAAUAUGCAAAGAUAACCUCAAAAAUAUUUUUGUAACGUAACUAUAGCUAUUAAUUAUGCAAAAAAAAAGUGUCACAAAAGAAAAGUAUAUAAGCAUAUAUACUAAAACUACGCUAAAGUCGCUGCAAAAAAUAUUUAAUAAAUUGUGAAAGUGCGAAAAAUAUUUUUUUUUUUGUGCAAUUGAAUUAAAUAAUUAAUUGCAUAUUUUCAAAAUAUGUACGAAAUUUGUAAUAAGUGAAUUGAAAAAAAUAAAAAAAGAGAAAAACGAAAAUACGUUAAAAAAUAUUAGUUUAGUGAGAAAAAAACUUAGAUAUUUUUGUAUUGUUAAUUAAUUACUAGUAAGUUUAACGAAUAUAAGCCCGCAAAAGAAAAAAAUAUAAACGCGUUGCAAACAAAAACGCCUAAUAGUCAAAAAAAAAAGAAUUUGUAGUAAUACUUUUAAGCGUCAAAUAUGAAAUUUGUAAAUACACUUUAAGUGUAUACAGAGCACACGCACGCACUCUCACAUACAUACAUGCCUAUACGUAUGCGUAUGUAUGUAAUUUUGUAGUAAAAAAUCGGAUUAUCCAAAGUAUUAAUCCACAUAUUUUUUCACUGUGUUCGUAGUUUCCCAAAUAUAAGCAUAAUUUGUUGUUGUGUUAAUUGAAAUUAAAUGAAAUAAUUCUGAUUUUUUUUAGCCGCACUAACAUUUUUACGUUCUCAAAAAAUUUUUAUUUUCUUCGUUCGUUCUUUGUAGUUGUAACUAACCGUUAUAAUCAAUAUGCUUUAAAAGGUAUUAUUUGCUUUGUUGUAGCUGUAUAUUUAUGCUAUAAAGUAACGGUAUAUAAUUUGUUUAUUGUUAUUUUGUUAACUUGAGCCUAAAUUUUAUACGAAUUCGUUUGAAAACAGACAUUUUUAAUAAUUAGCUUUGUAUUAAAACUUUAUUCAAAGUGCUGAAAUUCUAUACUAGCCGCUUUCGAUGCGUCACUCAACUCUUGUAAGCUACAAUUACUUGUAAAACCAAAUAACAAAAUUGAGUUCAAAACUAGUGUGUAUGCAGUUGUGUAACUUCAACUUUAAAAAUGUUUAUGUGAUUUAUACCAGUUGUAUUUUCGUUACACCACUACUCAAUUUCUGACGCAACAAAGCCAACUAAUAACAAAUUAAAAACAUAUUAAAGUAGUCUAACGGUUUGCUAAAUUAUACCAGUUUUCUAAAUUAUACCAGUUUUUAUACCUUUUUUUUGUUUCAUCACUGCCUAUUUUUUUCAAAACAAUGGCAGCAAUAACUUAUUAAAGUAGCAUACCAAUUUUACAAAUUAGACCAGUUUUUAUACCAAUUUUUUGUGUUUUUCUUCACAUUCUAAUUUUCUGCAAUAUCAAUAACAAAUGAAGCAGUAUAUCAAUUUUAAAAAUUAUACCAGUUUUUUGUUUGUUUCAUCACUGCAUAUUUUUUCCAAACUUAUUAACUUAAUAAAGUAUUGAAUCAAAUUUUAAAAUUAUACCAGUUUUUAUACGAGUUUUUUGUUUGUUUCAUCACUUUAUAAUUUUUGACAAAUCGAAACCGGCUAUUAUUAGAAAAGAAGCAUAAAGUAAUUUUUCGAAUUCAGUAAAAAAAUAAUAUUUUACAGCGACUUAAGCGACAUUUUAUAAACUAAAAUUUAAUUAAAUGAAAAUUAAUUAAUUAUUAUGCAAUUCUUUUGUUAAAAAUCAAAAAUUAAUAUUAAAUAAAUACGAACUUCCACUUGAUUACCAACAUAAAUCCUUCAUUGACUGCAACAAAGUCUGCCAAUUAAUGUUUAAAUUAUUAAUAUAUUUUUUUUUUUAAUUUUAGUUUUCUAAACUGGCAUAAAAUCAAGGGCAUUUGAGACCAGUUUUAUGCCACAAUUACAAUUUUUUUUUCAAAAUAUUAAAUUUUCCUUUUUCAACUAAUAUUUCAAGCAUUUUACUACAUUGAGAAAAAUUAAAAAUAUAGUAUAAUAGCCUUUUGUAAGCGUAAGAACCGUGAUAUUUGAACUCUAGUAAUUAAAAAAGUAAUUAAAAGGUAAACAUGAAAACAAAACAAAAAUAAUAAACAAUACAUACAAACUUUUUGCAAACACAGUCACUAUGUUGCAUUACUGAUUAAAAAUAAAAAAAAUAAUAAUUUAAUAAUUAUUAUAAAAAUUUGUAUCAUCUCAAAUUCAAAAAAGCAUAGUGUGUAAUCUAAGUAUUUGUAUAAGUAAUGCGCAUAAAACUAGCUGGUAGACUAGUUAAGUAGGCAUUGAAGGCAAGUAAACAAUUACACAUAACGGUUCAUGCAAAAAAUUGUGUAUUGUUUGUGGCAAAAAACUCAAUAAUACUAAAAACGUGAACUAUAAAUAAAAAACUAAUUCAAAAAAAUGCCAAUUAAAUAUUUACGGAAAGUGAAAAUUUUGCUAUGGAAACUACUAAAUAACUUAAUUGUGUAUGUAUUAUUAACGCACUAACACUACAACGGCAUGUAUAUACUUAAGAUGUGAAAACAAAAACAAAAAACACUUUGCGUAUUUAGUUUGCUAUUAAAAAUAAAAUGCAUUUUUUUAAUAGAAAUAAAAAAAUAAAGAAUUUAAUAUUUUCGUAGCGUCAAAGACUUCUUCAAACUAUAAACUACGCUACAACAAAUAGGGAAAAUUAGUGUUAUCUCAGACCAAAACGCGCACUUAGUGUGUGUUUGCGUCACCAGAAAGCCAUGGUAUUUGAUGAUAUUUGCUGAAUAAAAAAGUUAUUAAUUUUUUUUAAUAAAAAAUUUCGCGAAAUGCGCGCAAGUUGGAAGGGAAUGCAAUUUGGUAGUUUAUUAAAAUAUUAUUAUUAUUAAUAUUAGCUGUGUAUUAAAGUUUAGUGAUUUCUUAAAAAUAUUUUGUUUUAAUAAUUAUAAUUUAGGAUAAACAAUAUCUAUAACAUUUGUAAAUUUUAUUUCAAUUUUGCAUUUCAAUUAAGUUUUAGUGAAAAACAUUUUAGUUUCUUUGUGUGAAAAAAAUGCAGUUUUUUAAUUAUAUUUCACUUUUUAUCUAUAAAAAAGUUUAUUUUACUUUUAUGUCUAUAAAGAAACACUAAAGGUUUAUAGUUUCCUAUUUAAGUUCUCGCUUCCAUUACGACAUCGUCAACUUCCUGCCAUUAACUAGACAUGAAUUUACGCUCCCAUUAAAUAUAUGUUAAACUCUUUAAAAUAAUUUUAUUACAAAUAAAAUAAAUA